UUAUCCAUAUUAACAAGAUCUUAUCAGCCAAUUCUUUUUUUGUUGCAGAACCUAGUUCAUAGUUUUAAUGGUAACUAUUCACUAUAAUAUUAGUUAAAUAUUGCAUACUGCUCAAAUAGUUAUGCAUUAUAAAUGUCAACGCUACUUUGGUUGUCAUUUAUUUUUAGCUCUAUGGAAUGAUGACUAAUGACAAACACAGACCUUCUUUCGCAAAUGUGCAGGGGCUAGAAGCUGAAGCAGAUAAAAUCAACAGGGACGUUUUAAAAUCAGGAAAAAGUAGAGAUGUGAUUUUGUGUAGUGAAUGCUUCAAACUAAGAUGUGUGUAUAGCAACACUAAAAUGACGACAGAGCAGGAUGGAAUACUUCUUCGUAUUAGAGAAGAGGAUAACUACACAUGUGGAGAUAUCUUUCCUGGAGAUAGCGGAUUGUUUGUUCUUGAAAGUCUGUCAUGUAACUCUGAAGUAGAAAUCAAUUAUUUUGGUGCUACUAUGCGACAUUUUGUUCCACCAUGCUGCAUUUUCUGUGGAAAAACUGAAGAUUUACUAGAUGAUGUGGAUGACUAUAUACAAAAUUUAUAUACAAUAUUUUCAGUUGUUCGACCAUUAUGUAAAACCUGUAGAACUGCAGGAAAAGAAGCAAAAAGGUGAUAGACAAUUCAAGUAACUUGAUUUGAAAAGCAGUACAUUUUUACUGUGUCAGAAAUAUGUCAAAAUCAUACUA